AUGAGUGGUCCGCGCGAGUUGUGCAAGUUGACACCAGUUGCCGUGGCUGUUGCCACUCAAGACUACGCUGAGUCCUCCUGGCGGACCCUACGAUGGGGCACAGGAUGGCUUCGACAUUCGAAGUUCCACCGUUUCUCAGAGUUUUCCCGAGUCGGAGGCGUCCCAGGCGACCUUUGUUCGAGUCUUCACACAAUAAACCCACAUUCCUUCCACUUUCUAUUCGAUUUUCCCCGAGUUUUCGCGCUGGAGUCGCCAGACGAAUGCGAUGCUGCGACCGUACCCGAUCUCACGGCGCCAGAGUGCAUCAAGCUCAAGCCAAAAGAGCUAAGGCCUCCCGGCCUUAGCACCAGUUUGUCGUCCGACGUCGAUCCCGAGCCCAUGCGCGUGCCUAUCGUGGCAACCCCAACCCGAGCCGUUGUAUUCGAUAUGAGAAUGGAGUUCAAGUUCAAAGAGCUAAGGCCUCCCGGCCCUAGCUUCGGUCUCCCCGCUUCUGAUGACGAUUCCGAGCCCGCGCACGAGUCGCACGAGUCGCACGACACCCCAGCCAAAGACGAGUCCAGUCCACAAUGGGAGUGGAAUCUGGGCGUACUACUGUGCCCAAUCCUCCCAUUCGCCUGGUGGUUCUCCAGUGGCAUGCAUGGUAGCGCGAGUUUUGGGUGUAGUUUCCAGAUGAUGAGUGGUGAUGUGAUGAGGGUUGAGGGCUGA